AUGGGGAGGUUCCACUGCAGCUCCUCGGGGCGGUCGCGGAGGCGUCCACGGAGCCGGGGCUCCGGGAGUAAGCCAACGGAAGGGAGGUGUCUGGGUCCCCAGGAGGCUGCACCGAGUGAUGAGGCCAACGCAGAGAAACCACCAGAGCAGCUGGACGCCCCUGAACCAGAGCGGGACUGCGGCUGGAGCAGUGUGAAACCUGCAGCCCAGCCGCAAAGUGAGAAGGAACUGAGCCGCGAAGGCGAUGUAGCGAGCCCCCCAGACCCCGGCACUGAUGCCGACAAACGCGCUGAGGAGGGGCGCGGUGCCGUGGGAGAGAGCGAGGACUGGCAGAAUGACAGUGUCGUCUCCUCGGGGUGGGACAGCGCUGCUCUGGAGGCAGAGGCCCUUGAAGCCGGCCUCGAAAUUCCACUUGAGGACAUAAAGGAGCUUCCUCGAACUCGGUCUGGUCUCCAGUCCUACAGAAAUCACUUGAUCAUGGAGCUGCUGUGGUUGCAACAAGCUAUCGUCAGCCGUAAAAACUACCUGAUGCUGAAACAGAAGCUGGGGACUCCUGACCCGUAG